GAAAAAACGCUCCAGGAUCCCUGCGCUUUAUUCCGCCGCUUGUGACGUCAUCACGCAGCACCAGGAAGUAUCGGUUUACCGGAAAAAAAAAAGUACGUCAAGCGGGAAAUAAAAGUGGAAACAAUGACGCCCCAUAAAGUAUUUACCAAAUGACGUCAUCCUGUCUAGUGGGAGGAGUCUGGAGAAACAAAUAAAAAGGAGAGGGGACCUCACAGGUAUCACAUCUCUUCCUUCCACACACACAAACUGUGCUGCCGGGGAUACCUUUUUUUGCAGACCUUUGAAGUACCAUGGCAAAGCGUGUCGCUGUUAUUCUCUCGGGCUGUGGCGUGUACGAUGGCACAGAGAUCCACGAGGCCUCUGCCGUCCUGGUCCAUCUGAGUCGAGCCGGAGCCAAAGUACAGAUGUUUGCUCCAAAUGCAGAUCAGAUGCAUGUUGUCAAUCAUUCUGAGGGGAAGCCUACAGAGGAGAAGAGAAACAUCCUACAGGAGAGCGCCCGCAUCGCCAGGGGGGACAUUACAGAUUUGGCCAAGUUAGAUGUUUCAGCUUUUGAUGCUGUCAUCAUCCCUGGUGGUUUCGGUGUAGCAAAAAACCUAAGCGACUGGGCAGUAAACAAUAAGAACUUCACCAUCAAACCGAUUGUGGUGAAGAUUCUCCAGGACUUCCACAAAUCUGGAAAGCCGCUGGCCUUGUGCUGCAUCUCCCCAGUCCUUGCUGCCAAAAUCCUGCCCGGUUGUGAGCUCACAGUGGGUCAAGACACCGAGUGUGACAUGUGGCCGUACGCCCAGACAGCCUGCGCCUUAAAGGAGAUGGGCUGCAAGUACGUGAAUAAAGAUGUGGAUCAAGCACAUGUUGACGUCAAAAAUAAACUCGUCACCACACCCGCUUUCAUGGGCAAUGCCCCCAUACAUAAAGUUUUUGAUGGAAUCGGCGUCAUGGUUCAAGAAACUCUUAAACUUGCUUAAGAUGUCUUUAUGUUGUAUUGUAUUUGUGUUUUCUUUCUUUGGUGUUGGGAAACAAUACACCGAUAUGUGCAUCAUUACAACAGGACAUCAGUUAUGGAGUUUAUGAAUAAACAUGUUGGCAAACCA